AUGCCGCGGGGCUUCCUGGUCAAGCGGAGCAGGCGGCCCGGCGGCUCCUACCGGCUGCGUCCUCCGGCUGCCCUCCCGAAGGAGGCGCCCCUCAGCCCCGCGCCCGCAGCCGAGCCCCGGCGCCGGCAGCAACCUGACGCCCCGCCGACGCGGCCGCCCCGCGCCAAGGCGCCCCAUCCGGCGUCGGCGGCGGCGUCGGCGAAGAAGCCCAAGGCGGCGCGCAAGCUGAGCUUCGCCGACGAGGUGACGACGUCUCCCGUGCUGGGCUUGCGGAUCAAGGCUGCGCCCGAGGGAGGCUGCGAGGCGGGCCCGCCGCUGCUGCUGGGCGAGUUCGUCUGCCAGCUGUGCAAGGAGCCCUACGCCGACCCCCUGGCCCUGGCCCAGCACCGCUGCUCGCGGAUCGUGCGCGUCGAGUACCGCUGCCCGGAGUGCCACAAGAUCUUCAGCUGCCCGGCCAACCUGGCCUCCCACCGACGCUGGCACAAGCCGCGCCCGCCCGCCGCCCCUGCCGAGCUGCUCCUGCCCCUCGGCCCGCCCGACGGCGCCGCGGCCCCCGGCGGCGAGCAGCAGAUCUUCUCCUGCAAGCACUGCCCCGCCACCUUCUUCAGCUCGCCCGGCCUCACCCGCCACACCAACAAGUGCCACCCCUCGGAGAACAGGCAGGUCCUCCUCCUCCAGAUGCCCCUCCGGCCCGGCUGCUAG